AGUGGCGGCUCCAGAACUUUUUAAGUGGGCUGGCCAUAAUGAGUCCACAUAUAUUUUACCAUGGUACAGUAAUAGUAUCAGAAAGUAACACCUUUGAAAUAUAGGCCUGCAUACAUACCAUGGUACUGAAUGAUUCAUGGUUCAUCCAAACUUUGGUACUUUCAUGCUAUUGUUUUGAAAGUCUAGUUUUUUUAUGAGAAUAUGUUUACCCGCACACAUUACAGAGUCAUCCUCAAACUGCGCACUCAGCUUAAUGCAUUGCUGGAAAACGAUGGGAUGUAUUUGCAGCUUUUGUUUCAGUGGAUUGUCUGUAAAUAUUCCAUUUCAUCCAGCGCUUCAGUUUGUUUGUUUUUAUGUGUCCCAUUAAUGUUUUACCAAGUGAGAAAGCGCUCCAAACGAUUCAGUACGUGUGUGAUUGUGAGCCACCUGAAUUAUUUAGAAUCAAUUGCGAUUCAGACCAUUUUGCUGAGCAGUUUGAUUGAAAGAACCGAUUUAAAAGAGUGAUUCGUUCACGAAUCGGACAUCGUGUUUGAUUCUAAACAGCUGAGGGAAAAUAGACAACACGCUUGUUUGUUGAAAUACUGUCAGGGAAAAGGAAUAAUGUUGUAGCACGAUAGAAAACCCUUGCCAAAUUGGCUAGUAGUGAGUUGACGGCAUUACACGCCAAGGUUUAUUUUCACCCACAUUUCCCUCAAUUUGGGGGCCGCUGUCACUGGGUUUAGAUUGGAACAACAUUUUAUAGAGCUGGUCAUUAUUACAAAUACUAGUCCUAUUCAUACAUUUCAUACAAGCAUACAUUUCUAUGAAUGAAUGCAAUGUGAGGUGGCAUACAAUAGUUAAUUUUCCAGCUCUUCUGGAAAAACAAAGAAUGGUCAUUUUGGUUAAAAAUCUUGUGGACCCAACUAGGCCAAUAAAAAGUUGCAAACAACAUCCAGUUCAAGCAAUCCAAAUCUCCCAGCUGUAUUUCAUUCUCCCUUGAUGCAGAUGGCCUUGAAAACAACAUUAAAAAUAGAAUUCACAUCAUUGGGAAAACAAGUCAAACAGAUAAAAGUCAACACAGAAUGAACCUCCGGGAGUGAAUGUUGACUGUGUUACGCUGAGGAUCAGUUCAGAGUAGAUUCCACUGCUGAAGAUACAAUUAGUUUAUGUGAAUCCAUGAAUCUUGUCUUGAGAGAUCUUUAUCUCUAGUUAUUGCACUUUAUAUGACAGAAGUCAUCGAGAAUAAUACUCUUUUUUUGACGUCUCUUCCAAAUAUUUCACAAUCUAUGAAUUUUAUAGCAGUGAACCAAACUGAUGACUGUCUGGAAUUUUCCUGUCCAGAGAGAUCUGUUUCUUUUCCCGUCUAUGUGUUCAUUUAUGUGGCUGCAGCAGCUGUGGUUCUUCUGACCGUGUGUGGAAACCUGCUGGUCAUCAUCUCUGUUAGUCACUUCAAGCAGCUCCACACACCUGCUAAUAUCCUCAUCCUCUCUUUGGCUGUGUCUGAUUUCCUAGUUGGAGUUUUUGUAUUGCCAUUUAAUUUGAUUUCAAUGACAGAAUCAUGUUGGAUUUGGGGAAGGAUUUCCUGUAUCAUCUUUUCUUUAGUCAGUUUUCAAGUAACUAUGAUGUCAAUUUAUACUGUGACCCUAAUAGCUGUUGAUCGUUUUUUGGCGUUAAAUUAUCCUUUUCUUUACUCAGAGAAAAUCUCACCCACUGUGACUGGCAUAUUAACUUUGGUUAACUGGGUGUUUUCACUCCUUUAUAACUUCACUAUUAUUUUUAUUAAUGGAAACAUAAGUGUUUCAGUGAUGUGUUCUGGACAGUGUUAUGUUAUCAUAAGUGAAGUUUCAUCCUUUAUUGAUCUGCUAGUUGUGUUUCUCAUACCAUGUACACUUAUUAUUAUAUUAUACACACAUGUGUUUUUCAUUGCUAAGAAACAUGCGAUCGCUAUAAGAGCUCUUCAAGUUCACAACAACACCGAAUCCUCUAAAAACAGAAUGAGUGACUCCAUGAAAUCAGAACGUAAAGCUGCAUUAGUGCUCUGCAUUCUGGUGUCUGUCUUUCUGAUGUGUUUACUGCCGUAUUAUAUUUAUUCUUUGAUAAUUCAGUUCACAAAUGCUGACUUGUUAUAUGCUAAAGAUGUUACUAUAAUGAUAUUUCUUCUGAACUCCUCCAUUAAUCCUAUAAUUUAUGCUUUAUUCUAUCCCUGGUUUCAGAGAUGUCUAAAAUUAAUUGUCACUUUUAAAGUGUUUUACAAAGACUCUUCUCUGAUAAAUGUCCUGUAAGUUCUUACAUUGUUAAUUUUACCUGUUGUUUUAUUUCACAUAUGUACUCUG